AUGGCAGCCCCUGCCGACCCGGACGAACGGCACGCCGCUGUCGCCGACGACGUCCCCGUUGACAGCACCGGAGUGAAGCUCUUGACCCCGCGCAUCGUUCCCCUGACCUCGAUUCGGGCCCUCUCAGCAGCAGGGGCAACAGCGGCAGCAGCAGCAGCGGAAGGCCCAAACAGCACCGACAAUGACGCCAGCUUCACUACGUCAAUUUCUAGAGCAGAACGAAAAGAGGAAUUUUCUCGCCACAGCUCCGUACAUCCAUCCGGAGGGGCACUCGGGCACGGAAGAGCGGCAGAAGUAAUGGGGGAACGGAAAUUUGAAGCGGGAAGCCAGGAAGACCACAAGAAACGGCGGGGCGGGGGGCCUUGCACGACUUUGGUGCAGCACUUAGGCACGGUGUUGGGCCUCCGGGGGAAGGAGGCGUAUCGACGGCCGGGCCCCGGCAAGCCGGUGUGGCGGAAAAGGGAAACCCUGAUCCAAGAGAAGAUCGUGCAGUACACUACAUUGGACGAGGAAGGAGCGGUUCAGGAGUUGUUCGAGACCGAGAAAAGUCAAACCGAGGUGCUGCACAUGGAGUGCAAGCGAACGGGCGAGUUCGCACACCGAGAGAGCACCCACUACGAGAGCGGGGAGACUUUCAACGGCGAGGUGGGGCAACAUGUCACGUUCGCUUUUUUCAUGUCUGCUCUCCAGAUUCAAACGAGUGCUAGGUCUGUCGAUGACGAGUACGAGCACCUGGAGUCCACGCUUCCAAGCCGAUGGCGCAGCGGAGGGGCGGCUGGCGGCGUGGGCGGAACCCCUGGAGCGGAAGGAGUAGAAAGUGGUCCUGGCGCAAACCAAAACGGCGAAGACAACGACACCACUGUCAACGAGGGCCGGGGUUUCGAUGAUGGUGGCCUUCGUGGGGAUGGGGGGCCGGGUAUAGGCCAAGCAGCUGGAGAGCGCCUCAACGGCGGUGCUGGUGAUGGCGGACGGAGCCAGCACGCCGGCGCAGAGCGCUGCAGCCCCCGCCAACGACAUCAACAGCAACCCAACGCUCCCGGCGGAAGCCAGAGCCACGGAGAACCUGCCUCCACGACUUACGUGCCACUCGACCAGCGAGCGGGAAUGAACGACCACGACGACGACACCGACAGCUCGCAACGAGAUGCGGCCCACCGCGAUACAGCGCCGGGCGAGGACCCUGCCGGCAUUCUAGAGCAGCAUCCCCCCGCCGGAGCGAGCGGGGUCGCCCCUAGUCUCAGGGCCAAAGGCAAGCGGUUCAUCUCGCCUUCGCCGUACCACUACCGCUCGCCGUCUUGUUCCCCGCGACUCUCCCCGCGGCCCGCGCGGUCUCCUUACCGCCAGGAGGGCGUCGGAGCGAGAGAAAGCUCGGGGCGCGGCGAGUCCAAGCGGACCUCGUCGCAUCAGGGUCCCGCAGAAGAAGGUGCUUCUUUUUCGCGUGGGGGGGUCAAGGACCCUGGAGGUAGUAGUAGCAACAGCGAUGACCCCGGGGCGGCACGAAGGGAAAGGCAGGAGGAAGGGGCGGCACGUAUUGGGGGAGUAAAGCACAACGAUGGCAUGACGGCUGAGGAGACCGGCGAGGAAUGUUGGUUUUCCGGUGAUAGGCCUUCUCAGCCAACAGAAGAAGAGGGACAAGCUAAGAGCAAUGACUCUGGCGACUCGAGGACUAGCACCUGCCCUCUGGCAAGCGGCGGCGGUGGCGAUGUUGUCGACGGCCUCCAGCCAGGCUUGGGGUGCCAAAAUACGUCGCUUGUGCAGAACCUGGAGGCCGGGGGUGAUCACCUUGAGCGACCGUUACGAGGUGAUACAUCAGCAGAUGCGUUGAGGAAAGCUGGUGACGACCAUGUCGGUGCACACCGGGGGACCCCGGUCGAUUUUCCCGGUUUGGGUAGCGAGUGCGGGGGAUCGGUGGACUUCUUGGACAAUCAGAACCAUCAAGGAGAGGGCGGGCGAGAAGACGGAGAGUUCAGGGGAGAGAAAGGCUGGUGGCAGGCGCAGAGCGGCAGCGCCUUGAACGAGAUGGAGAUCUCGUUCGAAGGGGACAACGUUUCUGUCCUCAACGUCGCCGGAAAGGAGAUGAAUGUCCCAGACGAAGGAAAGGAGGGAACCCCGCGAUCGAUUUCAAGCAGCAACGUCUUGCUCGGGAGAAACAGCGACGAUGCCGACGGCGAGGGCGACGGCAACCACGACGACGACGACGAUAAUGGCGAAGAGAAAGCCAACGUUUCCCGCCUCCUCGAAGGGCUUCGUUCCGGUGACGAAGCUCCGCCACCGGCGGCCUCACAGCCUGAGGACAAAGGGGGGGACGGAAACCACGGCAGGGCUAGUACGCCCCUGCACGUCGACACAAUAGGUGACGGAUUCCCGCCUCCGGAGGACAACGGCGACAGGAAGCAAGAGCCGGCAGCCCCGGCGCCGUUCCACAGCCACACAUGGGGGCAUACUGCAGCAGUCGCAGAGGCCACUCCCGCGACGGCGGACGCACCCUGCGAAGACGUCGGCGGCGGCGAAGGGAAAGCCGCCCGCGCAGACAUAGUAGGAAGGCCCGGGUUUCCCGGCCCAUUUUCGGAGAGCGACGCUGUUGCUUGA